UAGAAUUUCAAGGCCAAGAGGCACACUGUUCACACAAAAGUCAAGAUGGAGGGUAUUAGCGACGAUGAGCUCCGUUUGGCUCUAUCCAGGUACAUGGAUGCUGUUCCUCCAGUGACAGAAUCAACUCGGGCAACCCUGGUCGCUAAAUUGAAGAAAUGCAUGUCCAAUGGUUUUGAAGCUACACAAGAAGACACUCAGGAGAGUGAUAUAAAUAAUUCGGUAGAAACACCAGAAAUCAGGCCCACUGAAAAUGGUCGUCAGUCUCCGAAAUAUGAAACCGCAUUCCUGGAAACAUCCUUGUCUACAAAAGAAGUUUCUUCAAGUUUUAUGAAUGGCUUGCCAGUUCAGGAACAAUCAUCUCCGGUUAUGGAAUAUGUUUCUCGUCUUCCAAGCUAUCGCCGUAGAUCAGUACACCCCGAUAGACCAGGAAUAGAUAAUCCAUACUCUGAUUUGGGUUGGCUGCCACCAAUAUUGUCACCGCCAACAAAAAGUCGCGUUCAAUUUCCCCACAAACAAUCAGACCUCCAAAGUACCAAAGCAUAUAAUAAUUCAAAUAUUAUGAAGUCUGUUUUGUAUGUCAGUAUUGGUUUAAUAUCAGUCGUCUUCGAGUUUUGUUAUUCCUCCGCGUCCAAGUUGACAAAUGCCUUGUACAUUCGUAAACCAUCAAUCCGGUUAUGCCUUUGCCUUAUUUUCAUUGGCCUACUUCUAAUUGGACUAACUAAAAUCUUAUACGGUGAUCCAUUUUAUCAAAAUCCUGUUGAAGACCUACACAAUUUUAUUCAAUAUUCUUUUACUAAAUAGGUAUUCAAAUAUAUCAAAUUGUUGUGGAUUUAUAAAUUGGCUCAAUGUCUUAGCGUAUUUUCUAUAUAGUUUUUCUUUCUAUAAAAUAUUCUGUGCUAUGCAUUAUACAGUCCUGUUUUUUAAAUAAAAACUCAGGGUAAUAAAAUUUGGAUUGUUUGACAGAA